AAAUGGAUCUACUAACUGCAAUUGUUUUCCUGGCUGCUUUGCUACACCAAUCUGAUGGACAGGGUUUUCAGUAUAAACAAAAUGGCAUCCCCUCCCUUCCUCAUUUUAAGUUUCAAAACCGAAAGCUGAUCGUUGACCAACACAAUGAAAUACGGAGAUCUGUAAUUCCCACGGCCAGGAACAUGCUGAAGAUGGUGUGGAGUGAGAAAGCCGCCAGAAAUGCUCAGAAAUGGGCAAAUAAGUGUGGGAUGAAAAUCAGUCCAAGAGAUCAGAGAGUCAUUAAUGGUGCCACCUGCGGUGAGAAUGUAUUACUAUCAUCUUACCCAAGAACAUGGGCUGAUGCAAUUCAAGUCUGGCACAGUCAGUCCUCCAAUUUCAAGUAUGGAUAUGGAGCAACCUCAAAAAAUGUCAAUAUCGAGAACUAUAGUCAGCUAAUCUGGUACAACAGUUAUCAGAUUGGAUGUGCAGUUGCCUACUGUCCUAGGAACCAGUUCAACUACUUUUACGUCUGCCAAUACUGUCCUCCAGGAAAUAACGCAAUGCAAAUAGCUACACCUUACAAAAGCGGACCAAAAUGUGCAGACUGUCCCGGCCACUGUGACAGAGGGCUUUGCACCAAUCCUUGCCAGUUUCAAGAUGACUUUGGAAACUGCAGAAAUCUGAAAACCUUGUUUAGCUGUGGCCAUUCACUGGUGAAGCAGAAGUGUCCUGCUACCUAUCCACUGAAUUCGGCAGCUCCGCUGAAGGCAAGCGUCCUUUAUCAGGCUCUGACAGCCGCCUGCCCUCCUGCAAUGCCUUCAGUCCUUGACACCAACAUGAGGUUCAAGUUCUCGAUCGUGGCUCUUCUUCUGGAAGUGAUCAUCAUUGUUCUGUUUGGGAUAUUUGUGGAAUAUGACAACAGUGAUGCCUCUCAAACUUCAUACCCAG